CGGCUUGGAGGGAAGUGGCUCCGCCCAUCCGUGUCUCAAGACUGGCUGGGCCAUGGCGGUCCAGGCCCUGCGAGAGGAGUUGGACUCCAAGUGCCUACAGUUGCUCAGUGACCUGGAGGAACUGGAGGCGAAGCGGGCGGCGCUGAACGCCCGGGUGGAGGAGGGUUGGCUCUCACUUGCCAAGGCUCGCUAUGCCAUGGGAGCCAAGUCGGUAGGGCCCCUGCAGUAUGCCUCGCGUAUGGAACCUCAGGUCUGCGUGCGUGCCAGCGAAGCCCAGGAUGGACCCCAGACCUUCAGGGUGAUCAAAGCUGACGCCCAGACCCCCGAGGAAGUGGGACCUAGCGAAGCAUCUCUGCGCAGGCGCAAGGGCCCUACCAAGACCAAAGAGUCAGGAUCCCCUGUAGUUCCUCAAGAUCCCUUGAAUUGGUUUGGAAUCUUGGUUCCUCACAGUCUUCGGCAAGCCCAAGCCAGCUUCCGGGAUGGCCUACAGCUGGCUGCAGAUAUAGCCAGUCUCCAGACUCGCAUCAACUGGGGUCGAAGUCAGCUCCGAGGCCUCCAGAAAAAACUGAAGGAGUUGGACCCUGGGCCUGCCUGACCUGCAUCCACUUUGCAAGGCACCGAGCAUAGCCGUUGUGGAUGCUGCCACCUUACCUCAGGCCUUCUUCUUUUAUAAACAGCCCCCACCUCAGCUGAUGCCCCUCCUAGAAAUGUCCUUAGUUUGCACAGUUUCCAGCUUUUUGAGGCAUGAAGUUGAGUUAUGAAGUUUGAUGAAACAAGCUGAGCAGUGUUGAGAGCAGUUUGUUCUAGGCCCCUGGUGUCAGGGCCUUCCUCCCUGGGGCAAGACAGUGACCUAGUGAAUAACGUCAGUCAGCCAGCUGGUAUAGUGAAGCCCUGCAGGAAUGGUGAGGGGAGAAAGGGUCUGGAAACAUAAGGUAGAGCAGGACAAUUGCAGUCAAUAAAAGUACCUCUGGCUGGGUGGGGCAGGGCAGGGCGGGGCAGGGCAGGGCAUGCCUGUCCUUCCAGCAACUCUGGAGGAUCACUUAAGCCUUGGAAUGACAGACCAGCCUGGGCAACAGACCUUUAAAGUUGGUAGAAAAGACAGUGUGUGCACACGCACACACACACACACACACACAUACCAGGACAGCUAGCAGGAAGUAUUACUUCUGUUAUAAAAGGUAGAAACAACUGGCACUCUUUGGGGAGACCUUCCGAUAGCAUUUAGCUUACAGAAGUGAGAGCCAGCGUCUUUGCUGAAGGUGUGUUCUCGCAUCUGGGAACUCUGGCUUCACUUUUUUCCUGAGCUAUCUUUCCAGUUGUGUUGGGAAGGGGAAUGUAAUCGUUUGUGGGGUGUAAAUAUUUCUUCCUAAUUUGUUAAUUUUGCUUAUAUUGGUUUUUCUACUUACAAAUUGUAAAAACAAACUUAUACAGAAAAGUUGAAUAAAGUGAAAGCUACAGUAACUG